GAACCAAAAAAGGAAAAUCCAAACACAAUAAACCAACCAAGCAUAUGUUUUGUCUGAUUCCUAUAUUCUCUCCACGUUGGACUUGCAUCAGAUACAAAUCCACUUCUGAUUAUUAAAACCAUAUCUCAAAUUACCUGAAUCAAGAAUCAUCAAUAAGUAGUCUUGAUUUUACACCAACUCCAGGAAAAAACUCUCCCAUUAAUUAUGUCUGAAGAAAAAUCUAAACCAAAUUCAAUCUCAUCAUCAGAUAAGGAUGUAAAGGCACCUAAUGUGUUUGAGAGAGUUAAAGAAGAAUUUGAGGCAGUGUUGCAUAGUGAAAAACACUCACAUCACCAUCACAAGGAAACUCACGGGCUGCGUAAGGAUAUUGAUGAGAACACACCAAUUAGUGAUGUGAAAGCACCUAAUGUCUUUGAAAGAGCCAAGGAGGAAAUCGAGGCUCUUGUUCAGGCAAUUCAUCCUAAAAAGGAAGAUCAUUGUCAUGGUUCAACUUCGGACGUCGACAAAAGGACUAAUGGGACGACGGCUGAGUUGAAGACACAUAAGCCAGGUUCUCUUUCAGAGAACAAAGAAAAGGUGCAUAAUCACAAUGAAAGGGUCGAGGAAACGACAGGAGCACAUUUGCCCGGACAAAAAUCUCCACGUCUUCAUCACAAAGAAACUCACGGAAGGAGUGAUGAUAUUGAUGAAAAUACACCAAUUAGUGAAGUUAAAGGUCCAAAUAUGUUCGAACGAGCCAAGGAAGAAAUCGAGGCACUAUUUUGCUCAAUUCAUCCAAAGAAAUAAUCUAGCAGUGCUAUUCAAAGAAGGAAAAUGGAUUUGGACAUUGAUCUUGAAAGCUUGGCAAAAAAAAAUCUUACCUCAAGAUCACAAGAGAGAUUGGUUUUGGUGGAGUUUUAAUUGUUUUUACUCUUUGAUUCACAAUGAGUUACUUCUGUUGUAUAUAAAUUUGUGUUGAGAUACCUAAUUUUUCCUGCUUCUUUUAAUCUUUUUUCUGAAAUUUUUCUCUUAUUUCCAUAUUUGCUUGGGUGUAUGUUUUGUCAGUGGAUGUGUAUCCGUACAAAGUUUCAUGAUGUAAUGCCUUAUUUUGCGA